CUGACCACCGACCCAAAGUUCGAGUCUGUCGCCGUCGAGGUCUGCAAGACGACCAUCACUGAGAUUAAAGAAUGUGCGGCCGAGGAGCUCGGCAAAGGCUACCUGGUUUCCUGUCUGGUGGAUCACCGUGGCAACAUCAGCGACUACCAGUGCAACCAGUACAUCACCAAGAUGACCAGCAUCGUCUUCAGCGACUUCCGGCUGAUCUGCGGCUUCAUGGACAAAUGUCGCGAAGACAUCAACACGCUGCACUGCGGCAGCAUCAGCACCGGAGAAAAGGACAUCCACUCUCAAGGAGAAGUGAUCGCCUGUCUGGAGAAAGGUUUGGUUCGGGAGGCCGAGGAGCAGCCGGGAGCUCACCCCAUCAAAGACGACUGUAAGAAAUCCAUCAUGAGAGUCGCUGAACUCUCCUCCGACGAUUUCCACCUCGACCGAUAUCUGUACUUCUCCUGCAGAGACGACCGAGAACGCUUCUGUGAAAAUACUCUGGCCGGAGAGGGACGAGUUUACAAAUGUCUGUUCAAUCACAAGUUUGAGGAGGCGAUGUCAGAGAGGUGUCGAGAGGCUUUGACCACCAGACAGAAGCUCAUCGCUCAGGACUACAAGGUCAGCUACUCUCUGGCCAAAGCGUGCCGCUCGGACCUGAAGAAGUACCGCUGCAGCGUCGACAACAACAUGCCCCGAGCCCGAGAGGCGCGCCUGUCCUACCUGCUGCUGUGCCUGGAGUCGGCCGUGCAUCGAGGUCGUGUGGUGAGCGGCGAGUGUCAGGGUGAGAUGAUGGACUACAGACGGAUGCUGAUGGAGGAUUUCUCUCUGAGUCCAGAGAUUGUGCUUCACUGCCGCAGUGAGAUCGAGGGUCACUGCUCCGGACUUCACCGGAAAGGACGAACGCUGCACUGCCUGAUGAGAGUCGGCCGAGGAGACAUGGGCUCCAUCGACCCCAGCUGUCAGAGGGCUCUCCAGACUUUGAUCCAGGAAGCUGAUCCUGGAGCCGACUAUCGUAUCGACCGAGCGCUUAACGAGGCCUGUGAGUCCGUUAUCCAGACCGCCUGCAAACACAUCCGCAACGGAGACCCAAUGAUCCUGUCGUGUCUGAUGGAGCAUCUCUACACAGAGAAGAUGGUUGAGGACUGUGAGCAUCGACUGCUGGAGCUGCAGUAUUUCAUCGCUAGAGACUGGAAGUUGGACCCCAUCCUGUAUAAGAAGUGUCAGGGCGACGCUGCUCGGCUCUGCUACACACACGGCUGGAACGAGACCAGCGACAUGAUGCCCAACAGCGCCAUCUUCUCCUGUCUGUACCGACACGCAUACCGCUCAGUGGAGCAGGGCCGCAGGCUCCACAGUGGAGAAUCUGAAGCAGAAAACUUCGCUUUCACUCUGUCCAGAGACUGUAAGGUGGAGGUGCAUCGGAUCCUCCACCAGAGGGCGCUGGACGUGAGGCUGGACCCCGAGCUGCAGAGACGAUGCAUGACCGAUCUGGGGAAGUGGUGCAGCGAGAAGACGGAGGCGGGUCAGGAGCUGGAGUGUCUGCAGGAUCACCUGGAGGAUCUGGUGUCAGAAUGCAGAGACGUAGUGGGAAACCUGACGGAGCUCGAGUCCGAGGAUAUUCAGAUUGAGGCUCUGCUGAUGAGAGCGUGUGAACCCGUCAUCCAGACUCACUGCCACGAGGUGGCUGAUAAUCAAAUAGACACCGGUGACCUGAUGGAGUGUUUGGUGCAGAACAAACACCAGAAGGAAAUGAAUGAGAAGUGUAUGGUGGGAGUGACGCAUUUCCAGCUGAUUCAGAUCAAAGAUUUCCGUUUCUCCUACAAAUUCAAGACGGCCUGCAAGGAAGACGUUCUCAAACUGUGUCCCAACAUCAAGAAGAAGGUUGACGUGGUGAUCUGCCUCAGCACCACGGUGAGGAACGACACGCUGCAGGACGCCAAGGAGCAGAGAGUGUCCGUCAAGUGUCGUAAACAGCUGCGGGUGGAAGAGGUGGAGAUGUCAGAGGACAUCCGCCUGGAGCCGGAGCUUUACGACUCCUGUAAACAAGACAUCAACAAACUGUGUCAGAACGUCGCCUUCGGUAACGCACAGGUCAUCGAGUGUCUGAAGGAGAACAAGCGUCACCUGACUCAGCGAUGUCAUCAGAGGAUCUUUAAGCUGCAGGAAGUGGAGAUGGUGGAUCCUGAACUGGAUUACCAGCUGAUGAGAGUCUGCAAGCACAUGAUCAGGCGGUUCUGUACGGAGGCGGAGGGGAAGAACGUUCUUCAGUGUCUGAAACAAAACAAGAACAGCGAGCUGAUGGAUCCUAAAUGUAAACAGAUGAUCACAAAGAGACAAAUCACCCAGAACACAGACUUCCGGCUGAACCCGGUCCUGAGGAAAGCCUGUAAAGCCGACAUCCCAAAGUUCUGUCAGUCGAUCCUGAACAAAGCGACGGCCGACAGUGAGCUGGAGGGUCAGGUCAUCUCCUGCCUCAAACUCAAAUACGCCGACCAGGAGGUGUUGAACAUGCUGAAGGAGAGUAAAGCAGACAUCUUCGUCGACCCCGUCCUCCACACAGCUUGCGCUCUGGACAUCAAACAUCACUGUGCUGCCAUCCCACCCCGGCAGAGGGCGACGUGAGUCCAGACACCUAAUGCUAUAAAUGCAGAUCUGCAAAUCCUGUAUUUGUAUCUUCACAUACACACAUUUACGUACACACACACUAAUUUUUCAAUACACCAA